UGUCCAGGCAGGAUAAAGGCCAGUUACGGGAGGCUCACCUACCCAGCUCUCUGCUUCCUUCUCUCCACGUCCCUCUCUGCUUACAACCUCCAUGGCUCCCAAAAAGCCAGAGCUCAAGAAGAAUGAGCCCAAGGCAGCCGCCAAGGCAGCUCCAGCUUCCACACCUGCACCUGCACCCGCACCCGCACCUGUACCAGAGCCCCCCAAGGAACCUGAGUUUGAUGUCUCCAAGGUCAAGAUCGAGUUUACACCGGAGCAGAUUGAAGAGUUCAAGGAAGCCUUCACGCUGUACGACCGCACACCCAAGUGUGAGAUGAAGAUCACGUAUGGGCAGUGUGGAGAUGUCCUGCGGGCGCUGGGCCAGAACCCUACACAGGCCGAGGUGCUCCGAGUCCUAGGGAAGCCAAAGCAGGAAGAGCUUCACUCCAAGAUGAUGGACUUUGACACGUUCCUGCCCAUGCUCCAGCACAUCUCCAAGAACAAGGACACGGGCACCUACGAGGACUUUGUGGAAGGGUUGCGGGUCUUCGACAAGGAGGGCAAUGGCACGGUCAUGGGCGCCGAGCUCCGCCACGUGCUGGCCACGCUGGGUGAAAGGCUGACAGAAGAUGAGGUGGAGAAGUUGAUGGCUGGGCAAGAGGAUCCCAAUGGCUGCAUCAACUACAAAGCAUUUGUCAAGCACAUCAUGUCCAGCUGAACCUCUUGCCCCAGGGAGCCCAGGGGAGGCUGUGCUGGGGACAGCUCGUCUUCCACUCGAGUCGCUGACACCAGUGGCCUGGAGUUUGUGGGAUGGAGGGGAGCACAUCGAGACUCCUGCACAGGCUCUCUCUGCACAGCUCUGCGGGGCUGUCAUCUCUCCCCAUCAGGCUGCACUGGCCUGUGACUGCAUCUCUGUCCCCACCCCUUGGGCCUCAUGAAUAAAUGGCUUCUUUCCUUCUUUCUUUCCUCC